AUGAAAAUACUAAGUUGGAACUGUCGGGGGCUUGGGAACCCCCGAACAGUUCAAAGCCUUUGUUUUCAAACAAAGGAGAAAGCUCCCGAUUUGGUCUUCCUGAUGGAAACCAAGCUGUCUCAAGCAAAAGCCACUAAGGUGGCCAGGAAAGCUCGAUAUGAGUGCUGUGUAGCAGUAGAUGCAAUGGGAAGGGGUGGAGGAUUGAUGCUCAUGUGGAAACAAAUAAUGAAGGUGGAAUUAGUCAAUUACUCCCAAAGACACAUUAAUGUAAUCGUGAAAAGUGAGGAGGAUAAUUCUAGUUGGCUAUUGACAUGCUUUUACGGCCACCCAGAAAUAAAUAGAAGGAAGGAAACGUGGGAGCUGUUGCAGUCCUUUAAUCCCAGGAACAUGGGGUGGGGAGUAAUAGGUGACUUUAAUGAAAUUUUGUCCCAUGAUGAAAAAGUAGGUGGAAGGAUUAGAGCUGAAAGUCAAAUGAGAGCAUUCAGAGAAGUGGUUGAAGAAUGCAGCCUGUUUGAUCUAGGGUGGAGGGGGGCAAAGUACACUUGGUGUAACAGACAUGAGAGUGAAACCUUCACUAAGGAGAGAUUAGAUCGAGGUAUGGCAAACAAAAAGUGGAUAGAGAUGUUUCCAGAUGCUAGAGUCAACACAUUGGUGGCACUAUGUUCAGAUCAUAGACCAAUCCUUCUUGAGGGUACUAGUGGCAGGGGCCAGGGAUCUCAUUUCCAUUACCAGUUUAAAUACGAGAUGAAUUGGGCAAAAGAAGAUGGUUGCAAAGAAACAGUAGCCGAGGCUUGGCAGAGAGAAGUUCAACAUCAAAGGCAGAAUAGCAGGCUGCAAAAUAAACUAGAGCUGUGCAGCAGGAAGCUUCAGAAGUGGAGCAAGGAUCUAAGAAGGAACAGACUAGCAACCAUAAAAUAG